CCCAACAGACCUUAUAUAGAAAGUUUAACUGUUAAAGUUCCACCGCGAUUAUCUAUCGAGAAACCUGAACUAAUAGAUAUAACUCCCGAUACGAUUCAACUCAACUGGAACCAGGCCCGGGUCUCUGCCACCACCGCCAUGAUGUCACCUACCUACUACAGGAUCGAAGUACGACAACCAAAUAGUUUUGAUUGGAGAGAAGUUGCUUCAGGAAUUGUGGGACAGAGUCACACUGUCAGGAAUUUGAAUCCAUUAUGGGAUUAUGCGUUCAGGGUACGGGCGAUUAACGAUUAUGGUUUGAGCGAACCUACACUUCCUGUGUUCCUCAACAGACAAUCAGAUACUGGUAUACCGUUAGAAGAUUAUGAUUACGAUUCACAGUUUGGACAAUCAGUUCCACCUAAACUACCAAUCGACACACCAGCUCUUCUUGAUGUCAAUGAUGAUCGUUUAACGUUAAAAUGGUUCCCAGCCAGAAUUCCUGCUUACGCUAAAAAGGCACCUAUCACCUACACGGUUGAAGUCCGUGAGCCGAUUGGUCCAGGUUGGAGAAAAAUGAUCAGUGGUUUGACGGAGCCGACAUACAAUGUUGGUGGUCUGACUCCUAAACACGAUUAUUCGUUCCGUAUUCGAGCAGAGAGUCCUUUCGGAAUCAGUGAACCAACUUUACCGGCCUCAAUCACUAGAAGUAAAGCACCAGUAAUAAGAAGACCAUCGUUUGAGUUUGAGAGAGAUCGCGACCUCACAUCACCUGCUAGGUCUUAUAUCGACUCUUUUACCUCUGGAGUUCCACCAAGAGUUCCUGCUGGUCGUCCAAAUAUGACAAAACAGGCGGAAGAUCGUCUAUUGUUGUCAUGGCAACAGGCUCGCAUGCCAUCGUACUUGAAGAACACACCAAUCACAUAUAUUGUUGAGAUGCGGGAGCCACCGAGUCACGCCUGGAACACGUUAACAGAAGAUCUACCCGAGACUCACUUUGAGGUAUCGAAACUACGUCCUGAACAAGAUUACAUGUUCCGAGUACGAGCGAAGAAUGAGUUUGGAAUGAGUGAACCAACACUUCCAGCUACGUUAUUCAGAGAGAGAGAGGAGCCGCGAACGAAAUCAAGUCGAUCUGGAUCCAGGGACACUAUGAGUCCGUUUAGAAAGAUCAGAAUUGGUACACCAACAAGUCGUGAAAGAUCGGAAACAGUUGAACGUAAAAUCGAUUACACACCCUCGGCCCCAGAAUUCCUGACGCCGUCAGGUGAAGACCAGUAUGCCGCAGAAUCAAGAGGCUGUAAGGUAUGUGCAGAUGUCAAAGGUUAUCCAUUGCCGGAGAUCACCUGGUUCUUCAAAGGUGAGAAGUUGGAGAUGGGUGGCCGAUAUAAUUCCUACACCUCACCUGUUGGACAAAUCGAUCUGGAGUUCGGUGCUGCCACCUGGGAUGACAUUGGAGAUUAUAAAUGUGUCGCUGAGAAUGAACAUGGUUCAGCUAGCUGCGUUAUUCCUCUUAAAAUGGCCGAUCCGCCAACAUUUAUCGAACCUUUGAAGGAUGUGGUAUUACUAAAUCGUGGAACGGGAAAGAUUGAAUGUCGUGUUGACGGAAUACCAUACCCCACUAUAAAAUUCAACAAAGAUUGGCGUCCACUCACAGAAACGUCUCGUGUUCGUAUUCAUCACGAAAGGCCUGAUUAUUUCUCGUUGACAAUAGAUGGCGCUUUAAGCAUGGAUGCUGGUCAGUAUACCUGUGUAGCUGAAAAUGUUGCUGGUAAAAUUUUCUGUUCGGCUCGAGUAGAAGUUGAAGAUAGUUUACCAACUUUGUGUGAUCUCAACUUUAAGAAUGCUAAUAUAGAGGAUUAUUAUUAUGUGAUGGAGGAACUAGGAAGAGGUCGUCAUGGCGUUGUUCGUAGAGUGAUAGAGAAAUCAACUGGUGCAGAAUUCGCUGCUAAAUUUAUCACAGUGCGGGAAGAUGGAGAGAAAGAUUUCUUUAAGAAUGAACUUGAAACUCUUCGCCUGUUGAGUCAUAAAAACAUCUUGGCGCUACACGAUGCGUACGAGACACCGAAGAAUCUGAUCAUCGUUACAGAACUUCUAUCUGGGGGAAAUCUGGUUGAUCAUGCUAUAGACCAGAACAACUGGACAGAAAAUGAUGCUGCUGCGACUGUGAAGAAACUACUCAACACCCUAGGUCACAUUCAUUCCAGAAAUAUUUUACAUCUUGAUAUCAAGCCCAGUAAUAUUCUCUUCCCAACCAAAGACAGUAAUGAAAUAAAAUUGAUAGAUUUUGGUUUUGCUCGUAAAAUACCAAGCACUAACGAGGUUUGGAUGAAUUAUGGUACACCUGACUUUGCAUCACCUGAAUCUGUUAAUAAUGAACUGAUCACAACAGCGUCUGAUAUUUGGUCUGUUGGUGCUCUUGUAUAUACCUUAUUGAGUGGAACGACCCCAUUCCAGGCCGACAGUGAACCAGAAAUAUUAGAAAGAAUAAUGGAAGGAAAGUUGAUUUUUGUUCCUGUCUUUGAUAAAUUUUCCAAGGAAGCCAAAGAUUUUAUCUCUAAACUACUAGUGGUUGAACCUACUGAUCGUUUGUCGUUAGAAGAAUGUUUAAACCAUCCCUGGAUUACGAAUGUUUCAACUGAUGGUACAGGAUUAAAGUUAGAUACCAAUAACCUGAAAUCAUACAGAGAUCGCGAUCAACAACAGACGAAAGCCAGUGCUGUACGAACUGUCGCCAAUCUUAGAUCUUUACGAAGAUUGAUGGAUGGAGAUUACUCGGAUCUCGGAUUCCAACCGAAGGUCGAUCCAGUAACGGGACAGAUAACGUUCCCCGAUUCCGAGGCUUACGGUGAAUUCGCUGACGAGGAGACAUGGUAUGAUUGGCAGGCACGAUAUCAACAAGACGCCCAGUUACAGACACCUCACGAUUCAGAUUAUGGUUUAAGGGUGAGAGGUUAUCGUAGAGCUGCGGGUGAUAUGGAUGAUACAGGCCUGCCAUCUGGUGUAAGAUUAGAUGAUGCGGUACGAGAUAUACUUGAUGGUGAUUCCUCGACAAAGGUAAAAACAAUGAAAGAGAGGCGUACAAUAUCAGUGGAUAGAGAAGAGUUACCUGCCUCUAUUGAACGUGAGAUGGAUUGGUUAGAUGGUGUCCGUAAACAUCGUGCUAUUUACGAUCCCGCUGAAUCUAGCUGUCCAUCAAAACGAUCAUCAAUUGCAUCGAUAACUGGUGAACCCGAGCUGCCACCACCGAUAUUUAAAACUAAGUUACAAGACAAAGCAUUCUCUUGUGGCGAAGACAUCUUGUUUAAAUGUCAAGUGGUUGGACCGCCUCCACCGACGGUCACAUGGUACAGGAACGAGGAGUUACUGACAGAUGGUGCUAGAAUUCGUAUUGAUCUGACAGAUGAUGGGGUUGCCACGUUGUUGAUAUUGAGUGCCAAGCCGUAUGAUGGAGGGGUGUAUAAAUGCGUGGCCAGGAAUAAAUAUGGCCGAGCAACUUCACGAGCCAGAUUACUUGCUGGGGAUGUACCGAAUCGUCCUGGGAGACCGGUUGUUACACAGAUUACAUCCGAUUCGGCUCUCAUUAUCUGGGAAGCCCCAAAAUCAGACGGAAACUCGGAUAUCCUAUUUUAUAAAGUUGACUAUAAAAGACUUGGUGAUGAAAGAUGGACGACAGCCGUAAAGAUAUUACACGAAUGUGCCGUAGUGAAGGGAUUAAAACCAGAUACAGGAUAUCGCUUCCGGGUGUCGUGUAUGAACCAGUUCGGUAUGAGUCCGUAUUCCUGGUCGUCUAUACAAGUUGUCACCAAACAAUCAGGUGGUGAAAUUCAAUUGGAUGAAGAACAGCAACUUGCCCUAGCUAAAUCUCAUCAAGCUGAGGAACAGCUGACACCAGACUCGAGCAGACGUGAGACUAAAGAUGAUACAGAUCUCCUUGACGACUCAACAGAGGAACCAAAACUUCAGAAAUCAUCUCCUGAAUCUGUUUAUAAAUUCACAGAUUCCGUAUGGAAGGGUAAAUUUUCGGAUGUUCGCCAUUGUACAAACGUUGGAACAAAGGCAGAACGAGUGGUUAAAAUAAUUCCUGUCAGUUCUGAAGCAGACGCAGAGAAAGAUCGAGAAUAUAGUAUUCUACGUGAAGUGCGACAUAACAAUAUUGCUAGACUUUACAACGCCUAUUUCGCAUCGGGUAAACUCUACCUGUUUUUCGAAAGACUUUACGGUGAUCAUAUUGUUCGACAAUUAGCGUAUAAAAGACGUUAUUCAGAAGACAAUGUUGCCACGGUGAUACGUCAGGUAUUAAACGCUCUACAGUUCUUACAUAGAAUCGGCAUCGCUCAUUUAAAUAUUCAGCCUGGAAGUGUUGUGACUGCUAGUCGACGUCACUUGGAUGUAAAACUCAUUGAUUUUGGUUUGUCGCAGAAGAUACCCAAUCAGGAUGGAGUAUUGGUACCUAGAGUGGGAUAUCCAGACUUUAUGCCACCAGAAGUUAUAGCCCAGGAACGAGUUACAGAAACGGCUGAUAUCUGGGGAGUUGCUGCCCUUACUUUCUUACUGUUGAGUGGUGAAUCACCUUACAGUGGUGAUUGUGAUGAAAGCACGUUAUUAAACAUUGUAUACAACCGAUACGACCCCCAUGACCUCUACGAUAAUAUUAGUAAAGAGGCUCUGAAAUUUAUCUUUAAAAUAAUGAAGAGACUUCCCAGGAACCGAUUAAGCCUUCAAGAUUGUUUGGAACACAAAUGGCUUCUGUUGUCCGACGCUAUGGUUAAAACGCGACAAGAAGCUGUUUUCUUGACCAAUAAAAUGCGUAAAUUCUGUAAGGAAUACGAUGCAAAACGUCUCAGUCCCGAUUACAGACGUGAUUUCACGACCUUCACCCUGUCACAAAGAAAACCAGUCAAGCGUGUCAAACCGAAAUCUAAACUCUCUAAACAGGAACCAGUGAUCGACGAACCAUUUAGUGAUGAACCACAAGCAGAAUCAGACCCAGAGCAGGUUGCUAUAGAAACGCAACCGGAAGCCGUUUCAGAAGAAAUGGACAAACCCAAAGAAGAGGCCAGUUCUUAAACACAAAAUGAAUGGAGAAAAAAAGUUUUGAUUUCGAUGUAAAUGUUUUUAAAUAGAGAGAGUGAUAAAUCCUGCGUGAUGUUGUGAUGAUGUUCACCUUGAAACAACCUUGUGAUAUGUCCUUCCGACGUCGGGGGCAAUGUAGAUAUCCAUUAGAUAUUCCAAUGAUUAAGCCUAAAAUAUUUUUUGUUGUGAAUUGUAGUUGUUACAAUAAAGUUGUUAUACUAGUGAAAUAUUUUCACCUUAGAAAUUGUUGAUUAAAUAUACUAUCCCUGUGUUUUUCUUUCAUCUUUUAUAAUUUCUGUGACGUCAAAUAUAUGAGAUAGUAUCUUUAUGUGAAUCGUUCAAUCGAGAAUUUAAAUGACAAUGUUUAUUAAUUUUAUUUGGAUGACCACAAAGGUUUCUCUUAUUACAGAAACCAGCAACAAAGUGUUUCUGUCGCUCUCGUGAAAUCAAAUAUUGGGGUUCGUAAAAUUGUUUUAUUUAGGACUUGUUAAAGAGAAAACAAUUUCAAUUCCUAGCAAUCAAACAGCUAUAAGAAUUAUAAAUUGUAUAGAAAUAAUGUGUGUUGAUUAUCUUAUAUUAGAUAUGUAAUAUUAUUUAUAAAUAAUGUAAUAAUAUUUAUAAAUACUAUCUUAUAUUAAAUGUAAUAUUAUUUAUAAAUAUUAUCGUAUAUGAAAUAUGUAAUAUUAUUUAUAAAUACUAUCGUAUAUUAGGUAUGUAAUAUUAUCAUAUAUUUAUGUAGAUAUAAGUAAAGGUAGAUAAUAUAAUUAUUUAAACAUAUAUAUAUAUCUAUGUAAUAUAGUUAUUGUUUGAUUGUAUCUUUAUAACAAGGACAAGUUGUUUUGUAUUAUGUCUACAUACUGGUUGAUUGAUGUAAUGGAAAUGAAAUGGGGUUUAAUAUUCUAAUGUUUGGCUCUGAUUGGGUUAAAGACAAUAGAGGUUUAUUGACUAUAGGUUUUUGUUCAAACUACUGUUAGUUGUAGAUCACCUACACUCGCUUCGAUGAUCAAACCAAAUAUUAAAUCAGUAAUAAUUAUACUUUGCUAUAUGAUUGAUUUUGUUGCUAUUGCUUUUGUUCUGUUUUACUUUAUCCAGGUUGUGCCAUAUUUUGUUCCUACUUUCAAUUUGUGAUGGUAAAAUGACUGGUCUAUUUAUUUUUAUUUUGUGAUUCUAAAAUGACUGAUCUACAUUUUUUUGCUAAAUCUUAUUAUUAUGCCUUUUUUUAUUUCAAUUUUCUUGUUAUUUUUCAAGUGCAAUAUUUUACACUUAUUUUUUUUGCCAAAUUUUUGUAUUUAUCACACCAAUAUGGAUUGGUCCUAUAGUAAAUAAUAACUUCUUUUAUUGGUUUAUUUUAUAUUUUGUGUAUCUUCUGGUCAGGAAUUGGCAACAUGUUUAGGGUGUGUGGGUAAAUUGCUUUAUGGUCAUGUGACGUAGCACUAUGGUGCAGUUAUGAUUGAAUGAAUGGAUUAUUACUUUUAGUAUGUUUGUCAGGACAGAAUAAUCUAGGAGGCCUCAGAUUUACGGACAAUCUAGGUGUCCCCAGAUAUACGGACAAUCUAGGUGUCCCCAGAUAUAUGGACGAUCUAGGUGUCCCCAGAUAUACGAACAAUCUAGGUGUCCCCAGAUAUACGGACAAUCUAGGUGUCCCCAGAUAUACGAACAAUCUAGGUGUCCCCAGAUAUAGGGACGAUCUAGGUGUCCCCAGAUAUACGGACAAUCUAGGAGGCCUCAGAUAUACGGACAAUCUAGGUGUCCCCAGAUAUACGGACAAUCUAGGUGUCCCCAUAUAUACGAAACAUCUAUUGGUGUCCCCAGAUAUACAGUCACAGGACAGAACAAAAUAGGUGUUCCCAGAUAUAUGGACAAUCUAGGUGUCUCCAGACAUACAAAAAAUCUAUAGGUGUCCCCAGAUAUACAGUCACAUAACACACAGGACAGAACAGAAUAGUUGUCCCCAGAUAUAUGGACAAUCUAGGAGUCCCUAUAACACACCACAUCCCUAGCUACAUUAUACUGUUGCCAAUUCUUAAUCAAUAUCUAGGUUACAUGUUAUUUAUGUGGUAGAUAUAAUUUGUAAAUAUUAUUAUUUAUACUGUAAUAAGAUUGUGAAAUGUUCUUGUAGAAGAUGUCUUGUAGAGGAUGUUUUGUAGAAGAUGUUUUUGUGGUGAAACCGAAAUAAAUCCGUAAAAUAUC